AUGAGGUUUUCACAUUUCUUAAAAUACAAUGCUGUUCCAGAGUGGCAGAAUCAUUAUAUGGACUAUAAUGCACUGAAAAAUUUGAUUUACACUUUACAGACUGAUGAAUUGAAACAACAAGAUACUACUAUAGAUGAUGCAAAUGAAGAUGGUGAUCAAAAAUCCUAUUUCACUAGAAAAUUGAAAAGUAAUUUCUUUAAGAAAGGUAAUGGCAACUCAAACUCCAGCAGGAAAUCAUCAAGUAAAAGUGUCAACAACAUUAUAGAGAUCAACAAUAAAACAAAAAACGCAGGGCAACAUGAUGAUGGUAAUGAUAAUGAUGAGGCUGGUAAGGUGGGUAUCUCGGCCUUGGAUAAUGCGGAUUUUGUACAGGAAGAAACCUUUGAAUUGGAUGAUUAUAAAAACCUUUCAAGUAGUAACAAAAAUUCGAAAAAAUCAGGUAAUUCUUUACAGAAACCUACAAAUUUAAUCAGAAAUGCAUCAUUUAAGAAAGUUAAAGGAAAAUUUUGGGAACAUUCAAGACGUUCUUCUUCAGCAAGUGAUAGUGAAAGUAAAACAUUAUCAAAUACUUAUGAUACUUUUGUUAGUAAUUUGUCAACUGAAAAAUUUAAAGUUGAUGAUUUUUAUAAAAGAUUAGAGGCCAAGUUUUAUGAAAAAUAUGAAACUCUGAUAAAAGAUUUCGAAAAACAAGGUAUUUAUAUAACUACUGGAGAUGAUUUUCAAAAUCCAGAUAUUAGUGAUCUGAAUUCGGAGUUUACAACAGGUUCUUUAGGGAAACAACAAAUUCCAGUUUCAGUUGUCUUGAGUGAAAAUUUACAGAAUAGUAAUAAUUCAACUAUAAAUAAUGAUAUGUUUUCAGAUGAAGAUUUCGAUGAAGAAGAUGAAGAUUUCGAAUCAAAGGAUAAUACUGCAUUGUUACACUAUUCUCAAUUUAAUGUCAAAUCACAAAAAAAGUCACUGUUGAAACAAUCUGUAAUCAAUCUAUAUAUCGAUUUAUCGCAAUUGAAGUCAUUCAUUGAACUAAAUAAGAUGGGGUUCAGUAAAAUUACAAAGAAAGCAGACAAAGUUCUACAUCUCAACACAAGAGAAGAAUUAAUUCAAAGUGAAGAGUUCUUUACUGACACAUACACUUUCCUAUCAGAAACUAUUAAUGAAUUGAAUUUCAAAAUAACACAACUAAUCACAUUAUUAGCAAAACUAAUGGGUAAUCCAUUUAGGAUGGACGAGUAUAAGAAGGAAUUGAAACAAUAUCUCCAUGAUCAUAUCGUUUGGGAAAGAAGUAAUACCUGGAAAGAUAUGCUAGGCAUUGACUCCUAUGUAAACGAAGAAGAAUUAGCAAGGGAAGCAGAAGCAAAGAAAAAAGCAGACAGAGAACAUCUAUACCUUGAUUGUUAUUCAUAUCCAUUACCUUUCCAAAUACAUACAAAAAAACCGAAGAUCGACAUAGAAAAUCUAUUGAUCCCAAAGUUGUUUUUCACCAAAAAAGCCUUCAAGAUUGCAUUCAUUUUCGUCGUCACUGCUAUAUUAUUAGGUAUCAAGACUUUUAAUGAUCCAGUUGAACAUCGUUGUAUGGCAUUAGUCGAAUGUGUAGCCUUUUUAUGGGCAAGUGUUGCUUUACCAUUGUGGGUUACUGCUAUGUUGGUUCCUUUAUUGACAGUUCUGUUCAGGGUAUUGAAGAAUGAUGAUGGCACUGUUAUGACAGCUGUAGACGCAUCUUCGACUAUUCUUGCGUCAAUGUGGUCUUCAACAAUCAUGAUUUUAUUAGCAGGUUUUACAUUAAGUGCCGCACUAGCUAGAUACGAAGUUGCCAAAGUGUUGGCUUCUUGGUUAUUGGCAUUUGCUGGUGAGAAACCUCGUAAUGUGUUGCUAAUGGCUAUGGCUGUUGUUUUCUUCUUAUCCAUGUGGAUUUCAAAUGUUGCUUCUCCAGUUUUAACCUAUUCUUUAAUGUCACCAAUUUUAGACCCUUUGCUUGCUGAUGACCCUUUCGCUAAAUCAUUGGUAUUAGGUGUUGCAUUAGCUGCUAAUGUCGGUGGUUUGUCCUCUCCAAUUUCAUCUCCACAAAAUAUUAUUUCUAUGGAAUAUCUUACCCCAUAUAAUAUCGGAUGGGGUCAAUUCUUUGCAGUAGCUCUACCAGUCGGCAUAAUUACAUUGCUCUUGUUCUGGGGUUUAAUGUGUUUAACAUUUGAUCUAAGUAAAACAAAGAUUGAAAAAUUCGUACCUAUUAAAACUGCAUUCACUAUGAAACAAUAUUUUGUGGUUGCUGUCACUUUGGCAACUAUUUUACUUUGGUGUGUUGAAUCUGAAAUUGAAAGUGCUUUCGGUUCUUCUGGUCAAAUUGCCGUUCUACCAAUUGCCAUCUUUUUUGGUUCUGGUUUACUAGGCUUGCAAGACUUACAAGCUUUCCCAUGGUCCAUUGUCAUUUUAGCUAUGGGUGGUAUUGCUUUAGGUAAAGGUGUGCAAUCAUCAGGCUUGUUAGCAACAAUUGCUAAUGCUCUACAAAGAAGAAUUGAUCACGAUUCAGCAGAAGCUGUUUUAUGUAUUUUUGGUAUUUUAAUGUUGGUCGUUGGUACAUUCGUCUCGCAUACUGUCUCAGCUAUUAUUAUUGUUCCUCUAGUUCAACAAGUUGGUAAUAAAUUAAGUGAGGCUAAAGCUGCACCAAUUUUGGUUUUUGGAUGUACCUUGUUAGCAUCAGGUGGUAUGGGUCUAGCUUCAUCGGGUUUCCCUAAUAUUACGGCUAUAUCAAAAUUAGAUCGUAAUGGUGACCCAUAUUUGAGUAUGCUUACUUUCAUAUCAAGAGGUGUUCCUGCAUCAUUGAUUGUUUUUGUCGUCGUCAUUACUGUAGGUUACGGUAUUAUGAGUUCGAUUUUGAAACCAGUUGUCUCAUAG